AUGGCGCAGGCUCUCAACUUCGCCUACCGGAUGGCCGUCCCCGCCGCCAUUGGCGUGGCCUUUCUCCAGCAGUCCAUGUACGACGUGCGAGGUGGAUAUCGAGCCGUCAUCUUCGACAGGCUGUCGGGUGUGAAGGAAUCCGUCAUCAAUGAGGGCACACACUUUCUCGUACCCUGGCUACAGAAGAGCAUCAUCUUCGAUGUGAGGACAAAGCCCAGGAACAUUGCCACGACGACGGGUAGCAAGGAUCUUCAGAUGGUCAGCUUGACCUUGAGGGUUCUUCACAGACCUGAUGUCAAGGCUCUUCCCAAGAUCUACCAGAACCUCGGCCCUGACUACGAUGAGCGCGUCCUCCCCUCCAUCGGUAACGAAGUCCUCAAAGCCAUCGUCGCCCAAUUCGACGCCGCCGAGCUCAUCACCCAACGAGAAGCCGUCUCCCAGCGCAUCCGGACCGACCUAACCCGCCGCGCCUCCGAGUUUAACAUCGCCCUCGAGGACGUCUCCAUCACCCACAUGACCUUCGGCCACGAGUUCACCAAGGCCGUCGAGCAGAAGCAGAUCGCCCAGCAAGAUGCCGAGCGCGCCCGCUUCAUCGUCGAGAAGGCCGAGCAGGAGCGUCAGGCCAACGUCAUCCGCGCCGAGGGUGAGGCCGAGAGUGCCGAUACUAUUAGCAAGGCUAUUGCCAAGGCUGGUGAUGGGUUGAUUCAGAUUCGAAAGAUUGAGGCGAGCAGGGAGAUUGCGCAGACUUUGGCUUCGAAUCCUAAUGUUGCUUAUCUGCCUAGCGGGAAGCAGGGAGGCGGUAGCCAGCUACUCCUCUCUGUUGGAAGAGCUUAA